CAGCCAAUGAAGGCAAUUCCGUCCUCUGCUGGUUAACCUGUUACACUGCAGUAUCUAGUUCCUGGUUUCUAUUGACGCUCUCGGCGACUCUUUAGAGCACCACGCAGCAUCAACUUUUUUAGAAUGGAAGUAGUCGAAUCCUAGCCCGUCAAAAAUACAGUUAACUAGAUUUGUUUUCAUAUAAACUGUUACUGGUGCACGUUUCCGUCUCGGCAUGAGUCUGUAGACUUGUGCAGGUUUAGAAAAGGUGGACUAGCCAGCUAAGCUAGCUAAGUGGCUAGCUAGCAAGCUAGGUUGCUAUCCAAAAUGUCGAACUGCUGUGCUGCCGCCAACUGUGACUACCAGCAAGAGGACCCCGAUAACAGCACUCCGCUUUUUAGCUUUCCCUUGGAUCCGGAGCGCUGCAAAACAUGGUUGACUAACUGCUGUCGGCAAGAUUUGUCAUCACAACCUCCAGAGGAGCUGCAUAAACUCUACAAACUUUGUGCAAAACACUUCGAGCCCUCUUUAAUCUGUCAUCAGAGUGCUUCGGAAUGUGUCUUGAGCGAUGAUGCUGUUCCAACCAUAUUUGACUCUGCUGUGCCUACCAAUAAUGAAUCAACGUGCAACAGGAAACGUGCAGCGAGCCCUGUGGAAGAGGAACCCUCUGUAAAGAAGACAAAAGAAAACUUAGAAACACCAAAUGUGACAGAGGCAACAGACGUUUCUGUUGUUGACGUGACUGCCCCUGAACAGGAAGAUAACCAAGCUCGAAAGAAUGUUGGCGGCUCUAAAGCUAAAGAGACUCUUAAGGCCUAUUUCAAGGAAAUUCUGGCACUUACCGGAUUCAGCAUAAAUGGUAGCAGCAUCAACACAAAUGAGUCAACUGGUGGAGCUAGGGGUCAGCAUUCGCUGAAGAAAAUUUGCGUCGACAAAAUUGAUAAGAAGGAAAUUCUACAGUUCAGUGAGAGCCUAAUGCGAGAGGAGAUCCAGAACAGCCUGAGACAUGCUCGAUUCUUUUCUAUUCUGCUGCAAGAUGUGACCAUCAUAGAAGGAAAAGAACAGAUACCAAUUUUCAUUCGAUCUGUGACAGAAGCUGGGUUCCCACAGAAACACCUUAUUGGUUUCCUACCUUGUGAUUUGGAUGCAGACAAUCUAUUUCAUCAUCUUGUAUUAGAAUUAAGAAAUAAAUGGAACUUAAGGAUGGAGCACUGCCGAGGACUCUCAUAUCUAGUCACCGGACGUAUGUGUCAGCCGCUGAGAGACCUCACAUGCAAAAUUUUGCUGGAGUUUCCGCAAGUUGUUUUAGCACCAAGUGACCCAUAUGCUUUUAACAUAUGGAUUAUCCGCUGCAUGCCAGUGCCAACAAUUCAAGAUAUUGUAGACACUGUUGAAGAGGUGGCUUCGUUACUCAGGAACACACCUGAGCUAUACAAAAGACUGGAAGGGAAGAUCCAGAUGACAUACAGCCAUAUUAAGGGAGAAGUGGACAGAAUCAAGUCAAUCAUGAGUAGGAAUUGGGAAUGUGGCACUGAUGCCUUCCAAACGAUGUUGGAUAUCUUGGAGCCAUUUCUGAACUGCAUCAAUGAAAUGAUUUCAAAGGUGGAUGAAGACACAGCUGAACAGAUGGCUAAACUCAAGCCGGUUCUGAGGAAUUUUAAUUUCAUAAUGACAUUAGUUGUUCUCAAGAACACCCUCUGCUGUGUGAGCAUACUCAACUCUAGUCUCAAGGGAAUAAUUAGCAUGAGCACUACGUUGCAGUACACAAUUUCAAAUGCCUUAAAACUGGUAAGCAAAUACCAACAGGACAUUGCCAUAUUCAACAGAAAAUGGUUUUCAGAUGCGGUCGGUCGAGCCAAGAAGCUCGGCGUUGAAGUCAUCAAACCGGAGAUUGAACACGGGGAUGUAAGCGAUACCCCGCUAGAAGACUUUUACAGAGAAACAUUAGCCCGGCCUAUCUUGCAGUAUCUUGUUGCAGAAGUCAAGCGGAUUUUCAGUACAGAAAUGGUGAGGAUUCUGAGGUGGCUGUCUUUAGUACCAUCUUAUAUGGCUGACCACAAUUUCAGCAUUCGUCGUGAUAAGGUAGCGGAUGCUAAUUUGAACAACCUUGCAAGACCUGACACAUUCUAUGAGGAGCUGGGUUGUUGGGAAGUGAAGUGGAGGCAUGCAAGCAAGCGCAGGAUUCUGCCAACGACGGUGUUUGCUACACUAAAGAUCCCAGACAUUGGUUUUUACCCAAAUGUGCAGAGUUUGUUGAGGGUUUUGGGCACUGUGCCAUGUGUGAAUGCAGAGUCAGAUGUUUAUGGGCAAUACCACAUGGUACUGGAGCGAUGCCAUGCCUAUUUCAAAGACACACCGGAGGACCAAAGGCAAUGCAGCUCAGCCUAUGUCUAUGUCAACCAAGAUGUGCAUUUCAGUGUUGAAGAAAUGGUGGAUUCCUACAUCCACAAGCAUCCAGACAUACUGCAGAUGUUACAGACUGAUGAAGAGAUUAAAGAUAGCCCUUCCAAAGUGACAAGCCAAGGAAACCAUGCUGAAAAAGACAAUGAAGAUGAAUCACAGCUAAUAAGCCUGGAUAUGGAUGCUGAGAGUCUUGUUGAGCUGAAGUGUGCUGAGACAGACAGAGAAGCUUUGAAGUCAGCGCUGCAAGCAUCUGUGACUGCCGCAUUUAACAGCCAAAGCUGGAAACAAAGUGAGGUUUCUUCUGCCCAAGAUGGAGAAGCAGAGUAUGUCACCAAGUCUGAAAUGAAAGAAGUACUUACUGUAUGUGAAGGUGCAGUCAAAGAAGGAAUUCUAAUGGAAGUCGGGAGUUCAUUCUUUUCAUUGUUCAUCGACCGUGUUGUUAAGAUCGGGGAGAAGGACUAUCUUCCGCUCUUUCUCAGGUUUGUCGACAGUUUCGAUGUCAUGCGAAUGGAGUUAAUGGGAUUCCUGGAAGCAGAUCUGGAUUGUGACACAAUGGUGCGUCGCCUUAUGGAAAUAGUGACAGAAGAGUGGCAUCUUGAUUUGACAAACUGCAGAGGUCAGGCAUACCUUGGAUCUGGAGAUGUUUCUUACAAACUAAAAGCUUUUGCUUGCAAAGUGCAGGAGAAAUUUCCUCUGGCUAUUAGCACUCACUGCUCUACCUACUCAUUCAACACAUGGUGGUCAAAAUCGAUCCCAGUGUCUGUUGUCAAACGAGCCCUUGAUACAUUUGAAGAGGUGAUGCUUUUUUUUGCCAAAAGGACUGCUCUAGAAAAACAGCUUGAUCACGUAAUCGCCUAUGGUCUUCGAGAGAGCUACGAAAAGGUCCAGGAAUUGCAGGGGAAGUACUGUUCUCAUUGGCAAGAAAUGCAUGAUUCGUACGAGGUGUUUGUGCAGAUGCUGGAGCCUCUUGUUGAGUGUCUGGAAAAAGUUAAAAACAACCCGCAGAGGUGGAAAGCUGCAAUAUCUGAACAAGCUGAGGAACUCUUGAACAAAGUGAAGCAAUUUGAAUUCAUCAUUGCUUUAGUUGUCUUAAAGAAUACCUCCUCUUUUACCAGAGAGCUGAGUGCAGGUCUUCAGAGGGACCAUUUCAACGCAGCAUUUCAGCUAUGUCAAAUCACAGGAAUUGUGGCUACCUUGAACAGAGUAAAAACGAAUUUGAAAAUAUUCCACCAGAACUGGUUUGAUGAGGCAUGUGCAAUGGCACUAAGUCUAGGAGUGCCGAUAGAAGUGCCUGAAAACUCUUUGGCAAAGGACAGCUUAACAAAGCCACUCGGUUUUUAUAAAGAUGGCUUGAGCGUGCCCCUCGUCGAUAACCUCAUCAAUGCUGUCAAAGAUCAUUUUUCAGAGGAUCACAAAGAAGCUCUCAAUUUUCUAUCCCUGGUUCCUUGCUUGGUCACAGUGAGUUACAUGUUUGAGAGCUUAAAAUCAAAGCCACCUCUCUACAGUAGUGAUCUUCCUGAUGCUGACAACUUCUUCACUGAGCUCUGCUGUUGGAGAGUAACUUGGAAGACGAAAGUUGCCUCAGUGACUAUCCCAAAUACAAUAUUUAACACACUGCGCCUACCACUCAUGCAGUAUUUUGGCAACAUAAAUGCACUUCUUAGGAUUAUGUCUGUACUGCCUAGCACAGCCCUUGAGGACUGUGGCGUUGUAAUGCGCUACAAGAAGUUUCAAGAGUAUCUGAGGACUACAGAUCCAAAAGACAGGUCCCUGUGUUUGGCUGUGCUACAAGUAGGCACAGAUUUCAAUAGAGAUCUCGACCGAAUGGUGAACCAGUGUCUGAAGGUCACUCCACAAGCCUUGGAAGGUAUCUGUUUGGAUAAGGAAUCCAAAAGUUUAAUCAGAAACUCUGACAAUAAUGAAGAUGACACGUCUAUGAAGAUGGAGUGUGAUGAAUCAGAAAUUCAGCAAUGUCUUGAGAUAAGAGAAGAACCGCAACACACAAAGCCAUUAGAUGACAAUGGACAGCUGAGAGAUUACCGUCAAUGUCUGGUGACAAUAUUCAAACAGGCUGCAAUCUUAGGGAAGAAAAACACCAGUGUCGCAGAGCUCUCUGAGGAGGAAAAAGAGCACUUCACACAGGAGCUCAACAUGUGCCAUUGGCUCAGGGAAGAGAACAGAUGUGCACGACCCAUAAGUGAAGCUGAACUUGUGACGUUGUUCAUAGAGGCAAUCAGAGAAGUCAUACUGAAUGAGAUGCAGGAAUCUCCAUUUUUCUCCCUUAUCACAGACAAACCUGUAAAGAUCGCUGAUGAGACUCACCUACCUGUUUUUGUCAGGUAUGUCCGUGAAUCCAUCCCGAAAGUCGAGCUUAUAGGUUAUUUACCCUAUGACAAAGACUGUGACAUUGAUACACAAUCAAGUAAGCUUACAAGAAUUCUAACAGAAUCCUGGGGCUUACCGAUGGUACACUGUCGAGGACAAGCAUUCAUGCACCUGGGUUCAGGUUACCAAAGCCUGAAGAAAAUGUCAUUGGACUUACUCAAGAGCUAUCCGCUGUGUAUUGUAACACCGAGUGAGUCCUGUGGUUUGGCACACUGGCUUGUGAGAAGCGUUUCUUGCUCUUCUGUAGCCAAAAUGCUGGAUAUCACAGAAGAUUUGCUACUGUUCUUCGAUGGAGCUCCUUGUCUUGAAGAACAGUUGGCACAGGCUGUAGAUGGGCUGUUGAAUAUGCCAAGAGAAGCCUUGGAUGAAAUUCCAGAGACAUGUUGUUCAAGGUGGAGGAAGAGAGAAGACUUCUUUGACAUACUUGCUGACACAUUGGAGGGCAUUCUCAGUUGCCUCGAUGCCGUCUCUUGUAAUGCUAGCGGUGCCAUGUCAAUACAUGCUCAAGUUCUCUCUGCUGCCAUGAGGAAUAUGGAUUUCAUUGUCACACUUGUGAUCCUGAAGAAUGCUUGUGCUCCUCUUCGUAACUGUAGCACCGUCUUCCGCUGUGGAAACCCUUCGGACAUUCUUUGUGAAGUGGAAAAGAUCCCUGGAAUCAUUGAAACGCUCAAAAAAAUGUUGGACAAUGUCAACACUGUACACUUGACUUGGUUUGAGCAGGCAUUUCAGUUAGCAUCCAAGGUAGCCCCUCAUCAAGUCUACUUCACUGAGGAGAGCAGCGGCUAUGAAUCUCCAGAGGCAUACUACAGAGAAAGCCUAAGUAUCCCACUCCUCAAAAGUCUGAUUGAUGAAAUGAAGUACAGCUUCUCAGACCACCACUUGAAGGCACUCUCUAUCCUGUCUCUACUGCCAUCUUGUAAUCCACAACCCAUUCUUCCGCAAUCAACGGAAACACCGUUUAAUUUGUACCUACCAGAUCUUCCAGAACCAGAUACACUUGAGCAGGAAAUCAAUGCAUGGGCUGCAGUCUGGAGAGAGAAAGACCAGGAUAUUGCUCCUCCAACGUCCAUCGCUGAAACUUUAGUUCAUCCUGAGUCCAAGAACCACCCGACGGUUAUCUUACUGCUUCGGCUAGUAGCAGUGCUACCCAGUGUCAGCAUUGAAUGUGAUCUGAUGAAGUCCACUUUGAAUUCAAUGAGAGAUACUUUAAGGAACACUGUAUGCAAAGGCAACAGGACAUCUCGUGUGAUGCUCCUCUCUCACAAAACAGCGCUGCAGAGGCUGCCUGAAGUUGUUGCCAAAUCUAUUGAAGUAUGUCCAGAGAGCAGUCCAUGCCUUUCACAGGUUAUGGAAACUCUACGAGGGCUAAACCUGGACAGGGGAGUUGAUAAGAUGCUGGUAAACCAGGGCGAACAAACAGUACCCGAUGCUUCCACUGAAUCUGACAAACUUGCAAGCGGAGAGGAAAAAUCUACUGAAACUGAACCGGUCACGAAAACUGUUCAAGGACCUAGACAGCCAGUGUCUUUUUAUGAGCCGCUGUUGCGUGAAGAAAUUAUCAAAGAACUCUGGGAUUCUCAGUUUUUCACAAUAAUCACUGAACAGACUGUUGAGAUUGAAGGUGAAAUGUAUGUCCCACUGUGCAUCAGGUACUUAAACAAAGGAGAUAUCCAAUGUGAAGAAACGUUAGCUUUCAUCCCCUUCGUGAAAGACUCCAAUGUCCUUUUAGAGGCGAUUGAGGCCACACUCUCUGAAAAAUGGGGGCUAAACAUGGCAUAUUGUCGAGGACAGGCCUUGCUGAGUGUCGGCGAGGUUGGCGCUUACAUGAGAGCUGUAAGCUUAUCAAUAGCCAAUAAAUACCCUCAGGCAGUGAGAACAGUCAGCUAUGGUUCGUCCCUCAACGUGUGGCUGGCAAAGUCUUCUCCGACAGAAGCAGCAGUUGAUAGAACUGUUGAGAUUGGUAGCAUAUUGCAUUGGCUUACACAGGACGCUGAUCGGCAGAACAAGCUAGAAGAAAUGAUCCUCCACGUGUUUCAGAACAAUGAAGGAAAGGGGAAUGAGCUGAGGGACAUGCUGAUGAAAAAUUGGGAGAAGAGUCACGACAUGUACGAGGUGAUGGUCGAGAUUAUCGAAGCCGUCUUACUUUGCCUAAAUGAGCUCAAACAUCAGGGAAGUGUAUCAGACCAGCAGCAAGCAUCACAUUUCUUUGAUUCAAUCAGAAGCUUUGAGUUCAUCCUUUCAUUGGUGGUGCUGAGACAUGUCCUGUGUAAAACUAAAAAACUAAGCCAGUCUCUUCAGGGCAAGCCCUUGGACAUGUUACUUGCUAUGAAUAGUUUGCCAGAGGUCACUGCUUCUCUCAGGAAUUUGAUUAGUGAUAUCGACACGCAUCACAAGGCAUGGUUUGAGGAAGCGGUCACGCUUGCGUCUAAAUUACACAUCCCAUUGUUGCAUUCUGUGCUCCUAGAACCUUUGAGUGAGUUUUACAAAAACGCCCUUAGCAUGAAAUUCAUCGAGCACUCGCUGUCCGAAAUUGGCGAUCUCUUCACUGAAAAGGUAAUGGACACAUUCAAGUGUCUGGAGAUUGUGCCUUACGCAAUGUCCAAAGUAGAAACCAGCCUUCUCAGCGGUCUCGUGUCGCGACUGUACAAGGAAGACUUGCCAGAUGAGGGCUCGCUUCAAGGUGAGAUGACGUUGUGGAAGGAGAAAUGGUUAGACCCCAUGGCAGGCUAUCUUCCAACCACCAUACUCGACACGCUCAAGAUAUCACAGAUAAGAAGUUUUAGUAAUAUCGAGACUCUUUUACGACUCCAGGUCAUUUUACCGUUUUCAAGAAGGGAGAGCAACUUCAAGCAGGGAAAGCGAAGCUUACAGGAGUUUAUACAGCAGGAAAACAGAUCGCUCAAUGACCUAUAUCCUCUGUAGUAACUGACGGUCUUCCGAUUAUGGAGAGAGAGAUGGUGCUGCCGCCAUACUCAAUAACAACUCAAUUCUCGAGUUCUGAAAUCCACAUUUCUGUGUAUAUUAUUGAUUUAACAAUUCUCCUUUUGUUGAAAGUCUAUUAACCAAGUUUUUUUUAUAUAUAUAUCUUUGAUUUUUCCUGUAGUUUGUACAGUUCUACUGUCCAAUGGGACCAACAAUGACUGAGGGUGUUGGGAGUUAAAAAGCAAUGUUCCAUUGACAAUGUUCCAUUGACGUUAUCAAUGCUUGUUGUGCCUUGAUACAAAACAACUAUUUCCUUAUUGUAUCAUGAAAAUUGUCCCGUUGGCAUUUGAAACAACUACAGUAGUGUCUUCAUUACCAAAAAUGACCGGGAUGUCAUCAGUACCACUUUUUACGAGUUAUUUUGCAUUUAAAUGUCACUCUCCCUUUACUUGUGCACGCAUUGAAAUUGUUACUUCAUUAUCUGUUGAUUUUUCCCGUUUCCUGACACAUUGCAGAAAUGAAUUUGCUGUAAACCUAGCUUUUAAAGAAUGUCUCCUUGAUAGGAAAAGCAUAUAUAUUUGUCAAAAAAGUAAUAAAAGUGUCUAAAGGACAAGUUUUUGGUUUGUCUUGCGUACUGUAGUGUUUGGAUUUAGACACAAGGUGGCACCGUGAAGCUUUAUUAUUCCCUCCUAGUACAUAGAAAAGCAGGUUUAUUUAUAAUAACACAUUUACAAUCUUUUAAAUUUCUAAACAAAAAAUACUCUUAAUUUAGAACGAUGUAGCAAAUGCACCCAAAUUUGCUUCACAUUUUUCUCUUCAUGUUGCAGGUUGGAAUGUGAAGCAGAUCAGAUCACACCUGUUAGGCAAAUCAUUGCUCUUUGGCUUCAAUAAUGCCAUUGUGGUUUAGUUAAUAUAUGAUUUCUCUGUGCAAGUGUUUUAUGUUGGCGAGUCAAUUAUUUGCUCAGGAUUACAAAGUGGUUCAAGCCUUGGCAGAAUUGUAACUUGAUCAAUUCUAGUGACCCACCCAACCUGGAUACUUCAUGAGGUAGGCCUUUAAUAGUCACUAUUUAAUGCUAUUCGACACAACAGCUGCCUUUCCCAAAGAUGCAUACAUACAGGGGUCAGACAAAAUAAUGGAAACACCUUUAAACAUUUAAUAUGGUAGAGGUCCGCCUGUUGUGGCAAUUACAGCCUCAAUUCUCUGAGGUAUUGAUUCUCGCAACUUGUGAAUUGUUUCCAAAUGAAUUUUAAGCCAUUCUUCAGUUAGAAUACCCUCUAACUCUUUUAGAGACAAUGGCGGUGGAAAUCGACAUCUUAAUGGACUCUCUGACUCUUAACUGCCCAUAAGUGCUCAAUAAUGUUGAGGUCUGGGGAUUGUGUCGGCCAUAAGAGAUGCUAAACUUCAUUAGAAUGUUCCUCAUGCCAUUCUUUAACAAAUAUUUUCAAUGAUUAAGAUGCCAAAAUAUUAGGUGUUUCCAUAAUUUUGUCUCUAUAUACAGUGGUAUGAAAAAGUAUGAACCUUUUGAAAUUUCUCACAUUUCUGCAUAAAAUCAUCAUCAAAUGUGAUUUGAUCUUUGUGAAAGUCACACAAAUGGAAAAAUAGUGUCUGCUUUAACUUAAAACACCCAAACAUGUAUAGGUUUCCAUAUU